AUGACUUCGCAACUAGGAUUCAUUAUCUUAGCGAACGAACGCGUUCAGAACGAUAACGACAACUUCGAGAUCACCGGAAACGUCGUUCAUUACAGUUCGACGAAGAGCGAACGCCUCACCCGCAGCGUACUAGCCUCCGAGGUUUACGGCAUGGCCGCUGGCGUCGAUAUGGCCUACGCGAUCGCCACCACACUUAAAGUCAUCACGACCAGAUUGGGGAUUUCAACCAUCCCAACGAUCGUCUGUACUGACUCCUAUUUGUUGUACGAGUGCCUUGUGAAACUCGGCACCACCAACGAGAAGAGAUUGAUGAUCGAUAUUAUGGCUCUACGCCAGUCGUACGAACGCCGAGAACCCAUAGAAAUCUGA